AUGUCGCAGCCAGCUACUAUCAAUGCGGAACCAAUCGGCAUUACCAACUUGCCUAACCAGAGAUACAAAAUUGUAUCAAAGGAAGGAGCAGCAUUCACCAUUAUGCUAGCUGGAGAAUCUGGCCUAGGUAAAACAACAUUUAUCAACACAUUGUUCCAAACAGUCUUGGCACCUCACCAGGACAAUCGUAACAGAUUCAACAAGCCGGUCAAGAAAACGGUGGAAAUCAACAUCGUCAGAGCCGAGUUGGAGGAGAAGAACUUCAAACUGAGAUUAAAUAUUAUCGAUACGCCGGGUUUCGGUGAUAACGUCAACAAUAAGAACGCGUGGCAGCCCAUUGUCGAGUUUAUCGAUGCGCAACACGAAUCUUACAUGAAACAGGAAUCGCAGCCUCAAAGAUCCUUAAUUAAGGAUUUGAGGGUUCAUGCCUGUCUUUACUUUAUCAGACCUACUGGUCACACAUUGAAACCGUUAGACAUUGAAGCCAUGAAAAAGAUCGGUACCAGGGCCAACCUGAUUCCGGUUAUUGCCAAGGCUGAUACGUUAACACCAAAUGAGAUGUUGGAAUUCAAGAAAAGAAUAAGAGCCAUCAUCGAGGCACAAAACAUUAGAAUCUAUUCUCCUCCCAUCGAAGCAGAUGAUCAAGCUGCUGCAGAGCAUGCCAAACAAUUGAUUGAAUCGAUGCCCUUUGCUGUGAUUGGCUCUGAGGAAGAUUUUGAAGUUGAUGGAAAGAUGGUGAAAGGUAGAAGAUAUCCAUGGGGAUUUGUCGAGGUGGAAAAUGACCAGCAUUGUGACUUCCGCAAGUUGAGAAGCUUACUGCUUAGAACAAACAUGUUGGAUCUUAUCGUAUCUACGCAAGAAAUUCAUUUCGAAACUUACAGAAGGCUGAAGAUGAAUGGAGAGGUGAAUACAGAUGACUCUAAGGACACAAGCAGCAAGAGAAAGUCUGCAGAGAGAUUUAUUGACAACCCAGAAUUUGUCGAAGAAGAAAAAAGACUCAAAAGAUACUUUGCCGAACAAUUGAGAAACGAAGACCAGAGAUUCAAACAGUGGAAACAGAAUAUACAUACGGAGAAGAACAGACUUAACCAUGAUUUGGCCAACUUGCAGAGUGAUAUGAAGAAAUUGGAAGAAGAAGUGAAAGUGUUGAAGCAAGCAAAGGCACAUAACUAG